GAGUGAUCAAAUUGUAUUCUUCCUAGUUGAUCCUUGUCCAUAUGUUCUGUCACUCACGCAAACACGGUCUCUCUCGCUCGCGCUCUGUCUCUCUCUCUGUUAAUUUCCCACCCCCCUCUCUCUGUUAACUUCUCCCUCCCUCUCUCUCUCUCUCUCUCUCUCUCUCUCCCCUUAAUUGAAUUUAUCAUUUGUGUACUAAUGGGUUCCCAGUCGCAGCCGCUUCACUUUGUUAUGAUCCCUCUAAUGUGUCCAGGCCACAUUAUUCCAAUGAUAGACAUGGCCAAGCUGCUGGCCCAACACCAUGUCAUCGUCACCAUCGUCAUCACCCCUCGAAACACAGUCCGUUUCGGUGCCGCCAUCAAUCGGGCCAUCGAAUCCGGCCUCCCCAUUCGCCUUCUUCAACUCAGAUUCCCCUCUGCAGAAGCUGGCCUGCCCGAGGGAUGCGAAAGUGUCGAUGAACUCCCCUCCUAUAACUUAAACGUAAACUUUAUGUCAGCAACAAGGAUGUUACAAGAGCCCGUGGAGAAAUUUCUCGGCGAGACAAGUCCUGCUCCAAGCUGCAUAUUGUCUGAUAAGCACGUCUUCUGGACCGCGAAAACUGCAGAGAGGUUUCAGAUUCCGUGGAUUAUAUUCGAUGGAAUGAGUUGUUUCACACAGUUGUGCACUGAAAUGCUGUCAGCCUCGAAAGUGCACGAGACUGUUUCUGAGUCAGAGCUCUUUGUUGUCCCCGGUUUGCCUGAUCGUAUCGAAUUCACCAGGGCGCAGUUGCCUGGUUUGUUCAACCCUGGCUCUAUUCCCAGUUCUGUCAACAUUAUUCGCGAACAAAUUAGAGCCACGGAGGUGGGAGCGUAUGGGGUGGUUAUUAACAGCUUUGAGGAGCUGGAGAAAAGUUAUGUUGAUGAGUACAAGAAGUUGAGAAGAGAUAAAGUUUGGUGUGUAGGCCCUUUAUCUUUGUGCAAUAAAGAUAGCUUAGACAAGGCUCAGAGAGGUAAUAGUGCCACCAAUGAUCAAGACAGAUGCUUGAGUUGGCUUGAUAUUCAGAAACCUGGUUCUGUUAUCUAUGCAUGUCUUGGGAGCCUGAGUAGUCUUUCACGUGGACAGCUGAUAGAGCUUGCAUUAGGCUUAGAGGCCUCGGGGAAUCCAUUCGUAUGGGCAGUGAGGUCAAGAAGUAAACAAGAAGAGAUUGAGAGAUGGAUAGUAGAAGAUGGAUAUGAGGAGAGGAUUAGAGGAAGAGGUCUUUUGAUCCGUGGUUGGGCGCCUCAAGUGCUGAUACUGUCACACUUUGCAAUUGGAGGAUUCUUGACCCAUUGUGGUUGGAAUUCGACGAUUGAAGGAAUUUGUGCUGGAGUUCCACUGAUCACAUGGCCAUUGUUCGCGGAGCAGUUUUUUAACGAAAAGUUAGUAGUGCAAGUAGCAGGGACUGGUGUGAGUGUUGGGAGUAAGAUUGCUGUGCAGUUGGGAGAGGAAGAGAAGGCUGGAGUGAACGUGAAGAGAGACGAUGUUAAAAGUGCUAUAAAGUGUAUAAUGUCUGUGGAGGAAGAAGGGGAAAAUAGAAGAAGAAAUGCAAGGGAGCUGGCAGAGAAGGCAGCUAAGGCGGUUGAAGAUGGAGGCUCUUCUUUCUUGAAUAUGACAUUGCUGGUUGAGGACAUUAUGAAACAAACAAAUGAUCAAAGGCUGAGGAGCUAAGGCACCCUCCAGAUCCAUGUCAAGGCCACUCAGGUUCUCAAGGAUCAUCUAGCUUCGCAUCUUAAAAUCAAAAACCUUGUCCCUCUGAAGUAUUUCUUAGGUCCAGAAGUGGCUAGCUCUAUCAAAGGCAUCUAUCUCAAAUGAAGGAAAUGUUCGCUAGAUCUAGUCACUGUUUUUUUACACCAGCUUUAGCACCUAUUGAGCAAAAUCGCGAUCUGUUAUCCAGUAAUACUCCUUUUCUGCCCAAUGUGGCUUCUUACAGGAAAUUAGUAGGUAGAAUCUCACAUUUACUGAGCUUGACUAUGGGUGUAUUCAAUUGAGAUUUUAAUGGAUUGUUUUUAUUUUAUGAA